AUGGACUUGAUGAAGGUGUUCGAUCAAACCGUCCGUGAAAUAAAGAGGGAGGUGAACUUGAAGGUGCUGAAGGUGCCGGAGAUCGAACAAAAGGUUUUGGACGCUACGGAUGAUGAACCAUGGGGCCCUCACGGUACAGUAUUGGCGGAGAUUGCACAGGCCACAAAGAAAUUCACUGAAUGCCAGAUGAUUAUGAAUGUCCUAUGGACAAGAUUGACUGAGACGGGCAAGAACUGGCGUUUUGUCUACAAGUCAUUGACUGUUGUAGAGUACCUGGUGGCACAUGGAUCAGAACGUGCUGUUGACGACAUUAUAGAACAUACUUUUCAGAUAUCAUCUCUGGCAAGUUUUGAAUAUGUUGAGCCAAGUGGGAAGGAUAUGGGAAUUAAUGUGAGAAAAAAAGCUGAGACCAUUGUGGCUCUUCUAAACAACAAGGACAAAAUACAAGAAGUACGAAACAAAGCUGCCGCCAAUCGUGAAAAAUAUGUUGGACUUUCCUCGUCUGGAAUAACGUACAAGUCAGGGGCUGCCUCAUUUUCUAGUACUGGCUUUAAAAGUAAUGAUCGAUAUGGAGGAUUUGGCAAUAGGACAGACAGUGAAACUUUUAGAGAUAGUUAUAAUGAUGCUGAUCAAUAUGGUGAUGAUAAAUAUGAGAAGUCUACUAAGUCAAAGAAAGAAUCUUCUCACCAGAGCAGCAGUGGUCAAAGCUCUUCAGCUACUGGUAAGACUAGCAAGUCAGAUAAGUAUGAUGCACCGUCAGAAAAAUAUGAUGAAGAUUUUGAUGAUUUUGAUCCCAGGGGGACUUCAAGCGCCAAAGCACUUUCUGGGAGUCAGCCAGUGGAUCUUUUUGGGCAAGAUUUUGUUUGCGACCUCUUGGGUGAACCAGUUGGUGUUCCAACAGAUAAAUCCACUGCCUUAGACAGUGAUCCAUCGGAGGUUGAUUUAUUCGCUGAUGCUACUUUUGUGUCGGCAACACCCCUCCCGUCCGUAGCCAAAACUCCCGAGCCUCAGAUAAAUGUUGAUUUGUUUUCUGCUCAUCCAACCCCUUCUGUUGUUCCUACAACAAUGGAUUUUUUCUCGGCACCCCAUCCGCCUUCCGACCUUGACAACAAAGCCUCGAUCUCUGAGGUGACUAAUAAUGUUGAUCCAUUUGCCAAUGUUCCACUCAACAGCUUUGAUGGAUCCGAUGCAUUUGGAGCCUUUACUUCUCAUACGGAUCCUUCAUCAGCAACUGCAGUGGAUUCAAAUUCUUCUACCAAUGUAAGCGAUGGAAACUUGAAGGACUCUUCAACUGAAACCAAGGCCCCACCCAAGAGCGGUUUUCAAGUCAAAUCUGGAAUAUGGGCGGAUUCUUUGAGCCGUGGACUGAUUGACCUUAAUAUAACUGCACCAAAGAAGGUUAACCUAGCAGAUGUAGGUAUCGUUGGCGGACUGACUGAUGGGUCAGACGAGAAAGACAAGGGACCUUUGCCUUCGUUUUACACAGGAAAUAACAGUAUGGGUAUUGGGUCUGGAAUUGGUAAGUCAGGUUUCACAUCAACAACGAACGACGACUUCUUUUCAAACCUAAGCAGCUCACAAUACCAAUAUGGAAGCUUUCAGAAGUAA